GCGCUCAGUUGUACGCUAUCCACCCACGCUUUCGCACACGCACACGCGCCUCGCUUAGUGUAACAUGUAAUAAUAUAAUAUAUAGAAUAGCUCACCACCCCGUAUACAUAUAAAAGCACGUUUUGCACACCUUACAAAGCACAGCUACGACACUCACGUGUGCGCUGUACUGCGCUUCGGUUAUUUCUGUUGUUGUUGCUACUGUGGUUUUUGUUUUUACCGCUGCUGCUGCUGCUGCUGCUCCUACUUAUUACUAGACAAUAACUUUUUAGACUGGCCUUAUUCAAUUCUAUAAGAAAAUAGAGAAAAAGAAAAAAUACUAGAUUUCGACGAUAAGCUUUUAUACAAUAGUGCUACCGUAUAUAUAUAUACCUGCAGCAGUGGCAGCAGCGGCAGUGGCAGCUGCACUUUUUAUCGCAACCCGAGCGGCGAGCUACCGCUGGAGCCAGUAAAAGCUACCACGUCCAGCGGAUACUGCUGCAAUAAUGCCCAAGUUCAAAAUGAAGCUGGCUCGCAGGCAGACAGUAGCGAGCGCGACAAUUACUGAUUGCGCCGUCAUCGCCACGAGCUCUCGAAUACCGAAUAAUCGUCGUCAUCGUCGCGCGGAAAUCGUCCGCCGCUUCAGCAGCAGUCAUUAGUCCAGCAACAACGACGACGACGACGACGACGACGCGUCAACGCGUAAAAUUCACUCGCUCAACGUCGUCGAUUGCAUCACUGCAAUUAUACGAAAGAACUUAACAGCAUGUCGGGGACAAAUUUGCAUAUUGCAGAUACCAGCCCAACGCGCCAACCAAGACAAAACAGAACUUUCAGCGUCGGACUGCCCGCACGGAGCUCUUUGUUUCCCGAUGGAUUGAUGCCUGCUGGAGAUAGCAUUGUGCCACCACCCUUGCCCCGACGACAUUCAGCAACACCGGCAGACGUGAAACCACCAAUACCAAAGCGCAGCCGAAACGAGCGGCCAAUACCGUUAGUCAUUCCACCACCAGAAUCGCCGCCACCGCAGCAGCAACAGGUUCAAGAAAAACAACAACAACAACAACAACAACACGACCUCGCGAGAAGCCAAUCCUGGAAAGAGGCUGCCAAUGCUGGCCCCUUCGUCAAUACGCUGUCCGAUUCGAACAACGAGUGCGAGUCGGACGAGAACAUCGCGCUCAAUCAAGCCUCGAAAGAUCUCGGCAAGAAGCUUCAGAGCAUCAGCGGCAAAAGCUCGCACGGCUCUAGGCGCCAGCAGCAGCAGCAACAGCAGAAUCUCAGAAGUAAUAGAUCGCCCAGGAGGGGUCAGCGCUCGCCGACCAACAAGAGGCAGCAGCAGCAAUUUCAGCAGAGAUCGGCCGACGACGAGGACGAGGACGACUUCGAUCCGAGAAUCUCCUCGACUCCGUACUACAAGCAGCUCGCUCACGCACAAGCCUACAAUGCCGCGGGAAGGAUCUACGAGAACAAUCUGUGCUCGCACUUGGCGGCUGGUCGAUUUCAGGAAUGUUCCACCGGCAAGCACGAGCUUAACGAUGCUACUACGACGCGCUGCAUCGCCAAAACUCAAGACAAGUCGCUGGCGGGGAUGGCGUCGGCGGCUGCGGCAGAGGCCAAAGCUACGCAAACGAAUCUGCCACCGCCUCUGAGUUCCAUCUGCGCGAUAAAUUCGGCGGCGGCGGCGACAUCGAAGCCCGUGAACGCGCGACAAGACAGCAAUGUCUCCUCGGACAGCUUCAGCCAGACGAGCUCGCCCAGCUACACGUGCAAGACCAUGGAGACGCCUCUGCUGCCCCAGAGGCAGCAUCAUCAUCAGCAGCAUCAGCAGCAUCAGCAGCAUCAUGCUAAUGGAAAAGUUCCCGGUCGAGCUCUGCCGGUCGAGCAAGAAAAUCCACCGGGCAGUCCGAUAACCAAAUCGAUGAGCACACCGGCGAGUCUGCAGGCCAUCGUCAGAUUCGAAAACGAAGGGAACAUGGCUAUGCAUCAUCACAUAAUGCGAGAGACCAGGCGCCCGAGUAGUCACUACGUUACGCGAGGCAGAUUGCGCUUCAGAUUCGCUCAAGUCAUCGCCAACGCGUUUGCUCUCAUGUUCAUGGCGGGCGGCUUGGCUGUCUACUUCAGAAUGUAUCCAAACGUAUCACCCAAAUACAACAAAACCGUUGAGCCGACCAUCCCCGAACCAACAAUGCCGUCGGUACCAGAGAAUCCAGCUCCGGGAGUAUGUUUGCCGAUUAUCGUGAGCUUCUGUCAAUAUCCACAGGUUCCGUACAACUACACGGUUUUUCCCAACUGGAUGGGAAAUUUCAGACAACGCGACGCCCAGCAAGAACUCGAGCACUACGACGCCUUGAUCGACGUUCGUUGCUACGAACUCGCCGCUCUAUUCUUGUGCACUAUAUUUAUACCUAAAUGCGGAAGAAUGAAUGGACAAGCGGUUCGACCCUGCAGAAGUUUGUGUUAUGAAACUAAACGUCGUUGCGGUUUUUUCAUGGACGUGUUUAAUCUGCCUUUACCUGCAUACAUGGAAUGCGAUUUGUUUCCCGAAAGUCCCGAUUCCAAUGUCUGCGUGGGACAUCACGAAGUCAUCGAAGCAGCAAAAAGAGCAGCAAGGCCAAUGUGCUUGAGCGGCUUCCAGUGCGACGAGAAGCGCUGCAUACCGCUGGACUGGCGCUGCGACGGCCACGUCGACUGCGAGGACCACAGCGACGAGAUCGGCUGCGGCGAGUGCAGCGACAGCGAGCGCACCGGCCUCGCGGCCAUCAGCUCCAAGGGCGGCGGCGGCAAGAGCGUGGCCAACAGCCUGAAGAGCGUCCUCGCGCAGGCCUCGCUGCACUGCGGCGAGCGCCGCUGCAUGUCGGCCACCCAUCUCUGCGACGGCGUGCCCGACUGUCCCUGGGCUCAGGACGAGCGCAAUUGCCUUAGAUUAAGCGAAGUGAACGGAGACACGGGCAAAGGUCGAUUGGAAGUGUACAACGCGCAUAAAGGAAGGUACAUGUCAGCCUGUGUGUCGCGAUGGACGCCGGCGACAGCCAGAGAUAUCUGUGGACUUUUGGGAUACACGAAUGUUGACUCAUUUAGGUAUUUGAUGGCAGAAAGCAAUGUAACGCUUAAUCCAGCACCCGUAGAAACAUCUCCUAAGCUCUGGUAUCCGACUCCAAAGAGCUCUAGAAAUUUACUCCGUGAAUUUCAAGAAUGCACGGACGAGAAAGAUUACUCCACAAUUGAUCUUACUUGCUCCAACUAUGAAUGCGGUAAAAGGCAGAAUUAUGGAAAUUUGAAAGCGCGCAAGAAGAGAAUCGUGGGCGGUGUGGAAUCAGCACCAGGUGACUGGCCAUUUCUUGCCGCUUUGCUAGGUGGUCCGGAGCAAGUGUUUUACUGCGCCGGGGUUUUGAUUGCCGAUCAAUGGGUUUUGACGGCUGCCCAUUGUGUUGGCAAUCAUUCCGACACCUCUGGUUGGACGAUACAGUUGGGUAUCACAAGACGUCACGCUCAUACUUAUCUUGGUAAGAAGAUGAAAGUAAUGAGAGUUAUCCCUCAUCCCAAUUACAAUGAAGGAGUACCACACGAUAAUGAUGUUGCUCUUUUCCAACUGGAGCACAGGGUCGAAUUUCACGAUCACUUACGACCCAUUUGUUUACCACCAGCCAAUUCAGAGCUAAGAUCGGGCACUUUUUGCACCGUGAUAGGAUGGGGCAAAAAAGAAGAUACUGAAACCUCGGAAUACGAACCGGCAAUUAAUGAAGUCGCAGUACCUAUAUUAGACCGAGAAAUUUGUAACACCUGGCUUCUGCACAAAGAGGUCAAUGUAACUGAGGGCAUGAUUUGUGCAGGAUACCCGGAGGGUGGAAAGGAUGCGUGUCAAGGCGAUUCAGGUGGACCUCUGCUAUGUCAAUUCGAAGGCGAAGAAGAUCGCUGGUUCGUUGGCGGUAUCGUUAGCUGGGGUAUAAAAUGCGCUCAUCCGAGGCUACCCGGCGUCUACGCUUUCGUGCCCAAGUACGUACCUUGGAUCUCGAAGCAGAUCGAGGCGUACACCACCGUCAAGAAAGGAUGAGAAAAAAUGAUAAUAAUAGUAUGCAGCUAUCUAAUGAUUGAUUUACAAUUACCUUCAAUAUAUGCAAUCACAGAAUUACAAAAGAAGUAAGUACAAAUAACGAUGAAUUCGCGUUAAAAAGUUGAUAUUUUGUUAUCAUCGAACGAAAGUAUUUUUAUACUGUUAAACAAAAAAACAGAAGGCGUAGAGAGAAAUUACUAUAUGAAAAAAACUAUAUUUAUUUGUCGCGAACUUUCUUGGUUACUGAGAGAGAGAGAGAGAAAAAAAAACGGGGCAAGAGCAAAAAUAUUUCCUACAUUGUUUACAGACGAGACUAUCUCUCAUAUAUAUUAUGAAAAUGAAAACGAUAAAUAUAUGAUAAAUAUAUAUGCUGGUCACA